AUGCAAGCACUGGAGAAUGCUCUGGGCCAACAUCAGCAAGACGGCAAUUCUGUUUUAGGAAGCCUCGACGCACCGAAACUUCCCUCCUUUCGUACUGAUGGCGGUACACCGCUUCCUUUUGGCUUUCCCUGGGGCCAAUCAACAGCCAACAACACCAACUACUACACAGACACACCCAACACUGGUGUCACUCGUUAUUACGACUUUGAGAUAUCUGCUGGGCAGAUCGCACCUGAUGGCGUUUUCAAGGAAGGUGUUCUCAUCAACGGACAAUUCCCUGGUCCUACCAUUGAAGCAAACUGGGGGGACAUGAUUUCGAUCACUGUCAAAAACUCGCUGGACGAGGGCACAUCGAUGCAUUGGCAUGUAGGACUGCUUCAAAAGGCCACUCCAUGGUAUGAUGGCGUGCCAACCAUUAUGCAGUGCCCAAUUGCUCCUGGAAAGUCCUUCACUUACACUUUCCAAGCCGACUUGUAUGGUACUAGUUGGUACCACAGCCACUUCAGUGCACAGUAUGCAGGUGGCGCAGCUGGAGCCAUGAUCAUUUACGGACCCAAAAACGUAGACUACGACAUUGACCUCGGACCGGUAAUCCUCACAGACUGGUACCACCAAGAUUACUACACUCUCGUUGAGCAGACGAUGUCGAAAGCAUCCGACAACACCCCUCAACCGGCUUCCAACAACAACCUCAUCAACGGUAAAAUGAACUUUCCUUGCUAUGCGGGAGUCAACUGCACCGAGAACGCUGGUGUUUCGAAAUUCUCCUUUACAUCUGGCAAGAAACACCGGCUGCGCUUGAUCAAUAUGAGCGCCGAAGCAAUGCAGAAGUUCUCAAUUGAUGGACAUACGAUGACUGUGAUUGCAAACGACUUUGUCCCUGUCGAGCCUUACGAAGUCGCCGUCGUCACUCUGGCAGUUGGCCAACGCACCGACAUCAUUGUCGAAGCCGAUGGCUCGCCCACAGAUAGUGUUUGGAUGCGCUCCAAUAUCAAAUACUGCUCACUAACUGACGGCACCGUCGACGAAGCCGUCGCAGCAAUCUACUACGAAUCCGCCGACAAUACCACAAUCCCCACUUCCAACAGCAGUGUCACCGUCGCCCAACUAUCCUACUGCAAUAACGAUGACCUCAGCGUCACAAAGCCAUUCUUCCCAAUCACUCCUGACCCAAACCCUUCGACCACUGAGGACUUGAUCAUUGAGUACCGCACCAAUGAGACUGAUUUCAACCUCUGGUUUGUGAACAAUGUGAGUUUCAGGGGUGAUUACAACAAUCCCGUGCUUUUGGAGGCCAAAUUGGGCAAUCUGGAUUUUCCCGAGGAAUACCACGUUAUGAACUUUGGCUCCAACAACACAGUCAGGCUUGUAGUUUACAACUACUUCGCCUUCGGCGGUCAUCCUAUGCAUCAACAUGGGCACAACGUGUAUGUUUUGGCCGAAGGAUUUGGCGAAUGGGACAACACAGUCACGAAUCCGGGCAACCCACAGCGUAGAGAUACUGUGUGGGUGCAGGCGGCGAAGGAUAAAGACACGCCGGCGUAUGUGGUGUUGCAGUUUGAUCAGAGUAAUCCUGGAGUGUGGCCCUUCCAUUGUCACAUAGCCUGGCACGUAUCCGCCGGCCUCUACGUCAGCAUCCUAGAACGCCCCGACGACAUUCGCAAAAACAUGAAGAUCCCCGGUGUAAUGGCGCAAAGUUGUAGGGAUUGGAGUGAUUUCACCGGUCGUGCUGUCGUGGAUCAGAUUGAUAGUGGAUUAUAGAUGUCUCCUUCUUUGCUUUCCUUCGACAUAUUCUUUUUUUCUUUUUUUUUUGGUUUUUCUUUUUGUGUGCGGAAAAAGGCUUUUUUGAGAGUGAGGGUUGGGGAUGUUAUUUUAGGCAGGAUGUGUUUAUAACUUUUCGCAUCACGGAUUAGGAGAAGUAGAGGACAACGCUUGACAAGAUGGUUUGAAAUACUUUAAUUUCGAUACGUUUACGUAGAGUAAGGAAAGAACUGGACAGCACGGAGCCGAUCAUCCCUUGAUAGACUCCGGCGUGAUUAUCC